AUGCUCCCGGCCUCGCACCCGCUGCUCUACGCCUGCGUCUUCCGCGACACCCACCUCGUCGCCGAGCUCGCCCACUCCCACUCCCAGAGCACCGCCACCGCCACCGCCGCCGACCCCGUCGCCUCCCCCGCCCCCGCCCCCGCCCCCGACGACGACCUCCCGGCGCUCGCCGCCGCGCUCGUCGCCGCCGCGCCGCCGCACCACCGCCACCUCACGCACACCGCCGCCGGGCGCGCGCACGCGCUGCUCCUGUCCCCGCCGCUCGCGCUCGCCGCCAUCUCGCGGGAGCCCCACCUCCCGGCGUCGCAGCUCCUGCUCUUCCUCCGCCACCUGCGAUGCCUCCCCGAGGCCCGGAUGCGGGACGAGAUGCCGCGCCUCGCGCUGCGCCUGCCGCUCCCGCCGGGCGACGACGCGCGCGAGGCGGACGAGGUCGCCGCCGCCGAGGCACACGCGGAGGAGGAGGCCGCGCGGAGGGACGCUGACCUCGCCGCGCGGACCACGCCCAAGAGGGACCGAGCCUCGCACCGGGGCCGGGCCGGACCCGCCUGGACGUGGAGGCGGCAGCUCUGGAUGGUCAUCCUCGCGGAUCUCCUCCUCCUCACAAUCCUCUUCGCCGCCUGGCUCGCAGUCUGCCGGGGAUUCAGCUGCAUUGGUCGGUAA